CUGCCGCGGUCCAGUUCUGUUCUGCUGGGGACCUGUCUGGGUAGAGGUGCUCUGCCGUGGGACGGAUCAAUCCAACAAGCUCUGCCGUGGUCCAGUUCUGUUCUGCUGGGGACCUGUCUGGGUAGAGGUGCUCUGCCGUGGGACGGAUCAAUCCAACAAGCUAUUGACGCUGUCUUUACACGGGUAAAUGAUUCAACUGGAACUAUGGAAUGUAAGACAAAGAUAACAGCCCUAAAACAGUAUCCGUUUAUUUCGGUUUUGCUUUGAGCAUCACAUUGUGUUGUUUAACUAUUCUGGCUCGCUAGCUAGGUUACCUAGCUAGUUAGCUUAGCUAUGGCUUUAUGCGGUAACUUUUACCUUAAUAGUUAGCUAGCCACCUCGCCAAGAAUCUCUGAACCUUUCUGUUUGCUUGCUAAUUGACGGCUAGCUAGAUAGCAAGCUACAUAUUUUAUGGCUAGCUGAGUGUCAAUGUUGGAACUAGGGACUUAACGUUAGCUAGCUAGUGGUAAUUACUAGCUAACGUUAGCUAGCUUGCUUGUUAUCUAGCUAGUUAACUAAAUAGCUAGAUAGAUAUAUAGCCAGCUCAACUGUCAGUUUACCCAACAGCUUCCUUAAUUUGUAACUAGGUCAAUUCAAAGGUUCCACAGUGGUUCAGGAUAAACCUGUAGUAAGAUAAUAGAUCCAGUCACUGAAACAGAUUACAUGAAUUCAGUAGGCCUACGUUUUAGUUGACAUUUUGUAAAUUAAAUCAUGUACAUUUUGGCUGACCCUCCUUUUUUUUUCAGAUAAAGCCAUGAACCAAGAGAAACUCGCCAAACUUCAGGCCCUGGUCCGGAUAGGUGGAAAGGUAACGACCUACUAUCUUUACACUUCGUUAUGACACAGCCAUGACUACACCGUAGUCACUUUUCCAGUAUCUGGUAAUGUAAUAGGUUGGUAUGGUAACCUAACUGCCUGUGAUAAAGCAGCUGCCAGUCCUGUUUCCCUGAGUUAAGCAUUCCUAUUAUGGACAGAUGCUUUGGCCCAUUCAGCCUGGGACCUGUGUGGCCGGACUAUGGGCCCCAGGGCUUUGUCUCUGACUGUUUAGUAGGGGCCCCAUCCUGCUGUGCUGUCUCCUCUCCACAGCUAGAUGGCACUGUUGGCACUCAGGAUAUCACUAACCUGUUAUUUCAAGGGGUUCUUCAAAAUUGCUUUUUAUUUGAUUUAUUUAACCUUUAUUUAAUUAGGCAGGUCAGUUAAGAACAAAUUCUUAUUUACAAUGACGGCCUACACCGGCCAAACCCGGACCACGCUGGGCCAAUUGUGCGCCGCCCUAUGGGACUUCCAAUCACGGCCGGUUGUUAUACAGCCUGGAAUCGAACCAGGGGGUCUGUAGUGACGCCUCGAGCACUGAGAUGCAGUGCCUUAGACCGCUGCGCCACUCGGGAGCUUAAGUUGACGAUGGUUUUAAGUUAGGCUUCUACGCCAUUGUGCUGACCUGAGAUGGUUCAAAAUGAGUUGACAAAUGUUUGAGAGAAGACUCGUAUACAUUUCCCUGGGCUCUGAGUCUAAGCAAUGGGCAGAAGAUUCUAUCUGUGUUCACUGCGUGUGUGUGUGUUGUAUCCAAAGUCAUUCUAUGGUUGCAUCGGUCACCUCCAGUCCCUUUCAUGGCUGCUCUGCAGUGUUUCUCUUGUUUGUACUCGGUCCCACUGGAAUAAUAUGACAACCAGGUGUUGUCCUCACUUGUUGUUCUUGUCCGCCAUGAAGUCUUAAGGCUUCAUGCCACAAUGACUACCGCCCUGUAGAACUCACAUCUGUAAUCAUGAAGUACUUCGAAAGGCUGGUUAUGGCACAUAUCAACUCCACCAUCCCAGACACUCUAAACCCACUCCAAUUUGCAUACCACCCCAACAGAUCCAUAGACUCAAUCUCAAUUGCACUCACACACUGGCCACACCCAUCUAUGUGAGAAAUUCUGUUUGACUACAGCUCAGCAUUCAACACCAUUGUCCUCUCCAAGCUAGUCAACAAAAUUAGGACCCUGGGCAGGGUUUCCGUAAAGAAAAUGUGGCCGCCUCAGCGUUUUAAUUUACCGGACAUUUGAGAACUGUACCUGACCCAUAUGCAUUGGGGGAGUAACCUGAUUAGGGUGUCCACACCCACAGUGCUCAGAAUGACCAAUCACAUUUAGAUUAUGGUGAUUCAUAUUAACAGAACAUGCAAGUUGAGGAUGCAACGAUAUUUACAUUUACGUCAUUUAGCAGACGCUCUUAUCCAGAGCGACUUACAAAUUGGUGCAUUCACCUUAUAGCCAGUGGGACAACCACUUUACAAUGUUUUUUAUUUUAUUUUAUUUUUUGGGUGGGGUAAGGGGGGGGUUGACCUUCGUACCAAAUUCCGAUACGCACCUUAAAGAUGUUAGAAUAACUGUCCACAUUUUACUUUUCCUCAGCCAACAGGACGAGUAACGAACAGCCAAAUCACCAGCUGUCAGUCUACAUACACACUGUCUCUAAUACACACUGUCUCUAAUACACACUGUCUUUAUACACACUGUCUUUAUACACACUGUCUCUAUACACACUGUCUCUAUACACACUGUCUCUAUACACACUGUCUCUAUACACACUGUCUCUAUACACACUCUCUAUAACACACUGUCUCUAUAACACACUGUCUUUAAUACACACUGUCUUUAAUACACACUGUCUUUAAUACACACUGUCUUUAAUACACACUGUCUCUAUACACACUGUCUUUAAUACACACUGUCUCUAAUACACAAUGUCUCUAAUACACACUGUCUCUAAUACACACUGUCUUUAUACACACUGUCUCUAUACACACUGUCUCUAUACACACUGUCUUUAUACACACUGUCUCUAAUACACACUGUCUCUAUACACACUGUCUUUAAUACACACUGUCUUUAAUACACACUGUCUUUAAUACACACUGUCUUUAAUACACACUGUCUUUAAUACACACUGUCUUUAAUACACACUGUCUCUAUACACACUGUCUCUAAUACACACUCUAAUACACACUGUCUCUAUACACACUGUCUCUAUAUACACUGUCUCUAUACACACUGUCUCUAUACACACUGUCUCUAUAUACACUGUCUCUAUACACACUGUCUCUAUACACACUGUCUCUAUACACACUGUCUCUAAUACACACUGUAUCUAAUACACACUGUAUCUAAUACACACUGUAUUUAAUACACACUGUCUUUAAUACACACUGUCUCUAAUACACACUGUCUCUAAUACACACUGUCUCUAAUACACACUGUCUCUAUACACACUGUCUCUAUACACACACACAACACGCGCACACAUUCAUAUUGACUCUACACACCCACCCACUCACAUACAAUCAUCAUAUACGCUGCUGCUACUCUGUUUAUCAUAUAUCCUGAUGCCUAGUCACCUUACCCCUAUACAUAUCUACCUCCAUCACUCCAGUAUCCCUGCACAUUGUUAAUAUGGUACUGGAACUGACCCUGUAUAUAGUCACCUGACCCCUAUACAUAUCUACCUCCAUCACUCCAGUAUCCCUGCACAUUGUUAAUAUGGUAUUGUACUGACCCUGUAUAUAGUCACCUUACCCCUAUACAUAUCUACCUCCAUCACUCCAGUAUCCCUGCACAUUGUUAAUAUGGUAUUGUACUGACCCUGUAUAUAGUCACCUGACCCCUAUACAUAUCUACCUCCAUCACUCCAGUAUCCCUGCACAUUGUUAAUAUGGUAUUGUACUGACCCUGUAUAUAGUCACCUUACCCCUAUACAUAUCUACCUCCAGUAUCCCUGCACAUUGUUAAUAUGGUACUGGAACUGACCCUGCAUAUAGUCACCUGACCCCUAUACAUAUCAUAUGCUUACUUACUUUCUCAUGUUCUUCUUAUUUGUAUUUUUUGUGUGUUUUUAUUCUAACGUAAGUUAUUUUUAACGCUACAUUGAUAUUGAUUACUGCAUUGUUGGGUUUGGAGCUUGCAAGAAAGGCAUUUCUCUGUACUUGUGCACGUGACAUGAAAAACGUGUUGUUGUCCUCAGGGAACAGCUCGUAGGAAGAAGAAGGUGGUUCACAGAACAGCAACGGCUGAUGACAAAAAACUCCAGAGUUCCUUGAAGAAGCUGGCAGUGAACAACAUCUCUGGUAUUGAGGAGGUAUGCCAAACAUUCACUCCCAUCACACCUUUCUCCCAAGUAGUAUUAUUAUGUCAUCAACAAUUUCCGACAAACUGAUUGUAUGGAUUCUUUUCUUCUUUUGACUACACUCCAAAGUUAAGAUUUGAAAUCGAACAAUGACUUGAGGUUUAAAGUGCAGACUGUCAGCUUUAUUUAGAGGUGUUUUCAUCCAUAUCGGGUGAACCGUUUAGAAAUUACAGGACUUUUUGUACCUAGUCCCUCCAUUUUAGGGGACCAAAAGUAUUGGGACAUGUAUUAAAGUAGUAAAAAGUGUAGUAUUUGGUCCCAUAUUCGUAGCACACAACGAUUACAUCAAGCUUUUGACUCUACAAACUUGUUGGAUACAUUUUGCUGUUUGUUUUGGUUGGGUUUCAGAUUAUUUUGUGCCCAAUAGAAGUGAAUGGUAAAUAAUGUAAUAAUGUAAUGGUAAAUAAUGUAUAAUGUAUAUUUCUAAACACUUCUACAUUAAUGUGGAUGCUACCAUGAUUACGUAUAAUCUUGAAUUAAUCGUGAAUAAUGAUGAGUGAGAAAGUUAAACACACAAAUAUCAUAUCCACAAGACAUGCUAACCUCUCACCAUUACAAUAACAGGGUAGGUUAGCAUUUUUUGGAAGGGUAUGAUAUUUGUGCAUCUAACUCAUCAUUUUGGGACCAAAUACUACACUUUUUACUACUUUAAUACACAUAUAAGGGAAUUUGUCCCAAUACUUUUGGUCCCCUAAAAUGGGGGGACAAUGCACAAAAAGUGGUGUAAUUUCUAAUUGGUUCACCCAAUAUGGAUGAAAAUACCCUCAAAUUAAAACUGACAGUCUGCACUUUAACCUCAUAGUCAUUGUUUGGUUUGAAAACAAAACGUUUGGAGUAUAGAGCCAAAAGAAGGAAAUGCUUCCCUGUCCCAGUAACUACGGAGGGCACUAUACAGUGGGGGAAAAAAGUAUUUAGUCAGCCACCAAUUGUGCAAGUUCUCCCACUUAAAAAGAUGAGAGGCCUGUAAUUUUCAUCAUAGGUACACGUCAACUAUGACAGACAAAUUGAGGGAAAAAAAUCCAGAAAAUCACAUUGUAGGAUUUUUAAUGAAUUUAUUUGCAAAUUAUGGUGGAAAAUAAGUAUUUGGUCAAUAACAAAAGUUUCUCAAUACUUUGUUAUAUACCCUUUGUUGGCAAUGACACAGGUCAAACGUUUUCUGUAAGUCUUCACAAGGUUUUCACACACUGUUGCUGGUAUUUUGGCCCAUUCCUCCAUGCAGAUCUCCUCUAGAGCAGUAAUGUUUUGGGGCUGUCGCUGGGCAACACGGACUUUCAACUCCCUCCAAAGAUUUUCUAUGGGGUUGAGAUCUGGAGACUGGCUAGGCCACUUCAGGACCUUGAAAUGCUUCUUACGAAGCCACUCCUUCGUUGCCCGGCGGUGUGUUUGGGAUCAUUGUCAUGCUGAAAGACCCAGCCACAUUUCAGUUUCAAUGCCCUUGCUGAUGGAAGGAGGUUUUCACUCAAAAUCUCACGAUACAUGGCCCCAUUCAUUCUUUCCUUUACACGGAUCAGUCGUCCUGGUCCCUUUGCAGAAAAACAGCCCCAAAGCAUGAAGUUCCCACCCCCAUGCUUCACAGUAGGUAUGGUGUUCUUUGGAUGCAACUCAGCAUUCUUUGUCCUCCAAACACGACGAGUUGAGUUUUUACCAAAAAGUUAUAUUUUGGUUUCAUCUGACCAUAUGACAUUCUCCCAAUCCUCUUCUGGAUCAUCCAAAUGCACUCUAGCAAACUUCAGACGGGCCUGGACAUGUACUGGCUUAAGCAGGGGGACACGUCUGGCACUGCAGGAUUUGAGUCCCUGGUGGCGUAGUGUGUUACUGAUGGUAGGCUUUGUUACUUUGGUCCCAGCUCUCUGCAGGUCAUUCACUAGGUCCCCCCGUGUGGUUCUGGGAUUUUUGCUCACCGUUCUUGUGAUCAUUUUGACCCCACGGGGUGAGAUCCUGCGUGGAGCCCCAGAUCGAGGGAGAUUAUCAGUGGUCUUGUAUGUCUUCCAUUUCCUAAUAAUUGCUCCCACAGUUGAUUUCUUCAAACCAAGCUGCUUACCUAUUGCAGAUUCAGUCUUCCCAGCCUGGUGCAGGUCUACAAUUUUGUUUCUGGUGUCCUUUGACAGCUCUUUGGUCUUGGCCAUAGUGGAGUUUGGAGUGUGACUGUUUGAGGUUGUGGACAGGUGUCUUUUAUACUGAUAACAAGUUCAAACAGGUGCCAUUAAUACAGGUAACGAGUGGAGGACAGAGGAGCCUCUUAAAGAAGAAGUUACAGGUCUGUGAGAGCCAGAAAUCUUGCUUGUUUGUAGGUGACCAAAUACUUAUUUUCCACCAUAAUUUGCAAAUAAAUUCAUAAAAAAUCCUACAAUGUGAUUUUCUUAAUUUUUUUCCCUCAAUUUGUCUGUCAUAGUUGACGUGUACCUAUGAUGAAAAUUACAGGCCUCUCUCAUCUUUUUAAGUGGGAGAACUUGCACAAUUGGUGGCUGACUAAAUACUUUUUUUUCCCCACUGUAUAUACAGAGCAUUCGGAAAGUAUUCAGACCCCUUCCCUUUUCCCACUUUUUUUCACGUUACAGCCUUAUUCUAAAAUGUUUUUUAUUUUUUCAAAAUCCUCAUUAAUCUACACACAAUACCCCAAAAUGACAAAGCGAAAACAGUUUUUUAGAAAUGUUUGCAAAUGUAUUAAAAAUGAACACAUACCGUAUUUACAUAAGUAUUCAGACCAUUUGCUAAUGAGACUUGAAAUUAAGCUCAGGUGCAUCCUGUUUCAUUGAUCAUCCUUUGAGAUGUUUCUACAACUUGAUUGGAUUCCACCUGUGGUAAAUUCAAUUGAUUGGACAUGAUUUUGAGAGGCAAACACCUGUCUAUAUAAGGUCCCACAGUUGACAGUACAUGUCAGAGCAAAAACCAAGCCAUGAGGUCGAAGGAAUUGUCCUUAGAGCUCCUAGACAGGAUUGUGUCGAGGCACAGAUCUGGGGAAGGGUACCAAAAAAUGUCUGCAGCAUUGAAGGUCCCCAAGAACACAGUGGCCUCCAUCAUUCUUAAAUGGAAGAAGUUUGGAACCACCAAGACUCUUCCUAGAGCUGGCCGCCCGGUCCAAACUGAGCAAUCGGGGGAUAAGGGCCUUGGUCAGGGAGGUGAACAACAACCCGAUGGUCACUCUGACAGAGCUCCAGAGUUCCUCUGUGAAGAUGGGAGAACCUUCCAGAAGGACAACCAUCUAUGCAGCACUCCACCAAUCAGGCCUUUAUGGUAGAGUGGCCAGACAGAAGCCACUCCUCAGUAAAAGGCACAUGACAGCCCACUUGGAGUUUGCCAAAAGGCACCUAAAGGACUCUCAGACCAUGAGAAACAAGAUUCUCUGGUCUGAUGAAACCAAGAUUGAACUCUUUGGCCUGAAUGCCAAGCAUCACGUCUGGAGGAAACCAGGCACCGCUUAUCACCUGGCCAAUACCAUCCCUACGGUGAAGCAUGGUGGUGGCAGCAUCAUGCUAUGGGGAUGUUUUUCAGCGGCAGGGACUGGGAGACUAGUCAGGCUUGAGGGAAAGAUGAACGGAGCAAAGUACAGAGAGAUCCUUGAUGAAAGGCUGUAAUCGCUGCCAAAGGUGCUUCAACAAAGUACUGAGGAAAGGGUCUGAAUACUUAUGUAAAUGUUUUUAUAAAAAGCAGUUUUUGCUUUGUCAUUAUGGGGUAUUGUGUGUAGAUUGAUGAGGGGAAAAAACAAUUUAAUCCAUUUUAGAAUAAGGAUGUAACGUAACAAUGUGGAAAAAGUCAAGGAGUCUCAAUACUUUCCAAAUGCACUGUAUGUAUGUAUGGACCAGUGAUAUCCAAUUCCAGAACUAGAGGAGACCCCUGGUAUUGACAACUGGUGUCCAACCCCCAUCUUAAUUAUCCUCCCCCAGGUCAACAUGAUAAAGGACGAUGGCACAGUGAUCCACUUCAACAACCCCAAGGUGCAGGCCUCUCUGUCUGCCAACACGUUUGCCAUCACAGGCCAUGCAGAGAACAAACAGCUCACAGAGAUGCUCCCGGGCAUCCUCAGCCAGCUGGGGGCAGACAGCCUCACCAGCCUCCGCAAACUGGCUGAGCAGUUCCCACGCCAAGGUGGGUGGGACAUGGACACACUGAUAUGCACACACAGAUCGACAGACGGACACAGACAGACAGAGGGACAACUUC